GUUAUGGCACUUUCUUAUGAAAAUUCAAAGACGUGUGUAAAUGCCAUUGCUCCUUUGAAUGCCAUGAAUGCCAACUUAUCUUUGAAUGCUAUGAACACCAACUUGUCUUUGAAUGCCAAAUUAACUUUGAAUGCCAUGAAUGCCAAUUUAACUUUGAAUGCCAUGAAUGCCAACUUACCUUUGAAUGCUAUGAAUCAUGAAGUUAUACGCAUAAAUACAAAAGUUAUAUCUGGAAAAGUAUAUGAUGCUAAGUGUAUGACAGCAAAGUGUAUGAUAACUAUGAAUAGUAGAACUAAUAAUGAUGAAAAGUAUCAAUAUAGUACUUUUUUAAGUUACAAACAACGUCGUGAUCGAGCACCAAGUAGAGUCCCAGCUAAGAAAGUUUGUCGCCUGUUGACAAAAAGUAGAAAAUUGAGAAGAGCUGUUAGAAAAGAAAUCAAAAGAAAUGUUUCAGCUUCAUCUUGCAUCCAUUGCUAUGCACAAGCUUCCAGUCAUGAAUAUCAGAGAGUUGUGAGCAACAAUUGUUUUCACGAGUUCAUUAAAACAAGACUAAAUUGUAAAAAGUCAGAUUCAGUUAGAUCAGCAGGACAUGUGAAGUCUAAAUGCAAACCUCACAUGAAAAAACAAUUUUACAACAACCUAAAAACAGUUAAUAAAACAAAAAAAAUAAUCUACAAAGAUUCAAACCACAACUACAAAGUAAAUUACUGCAAGCUUACCCUUUGUGGAGAUAUUGAAGUUAAUCCUGGUCCUACCUUUAAUAAUCCGAUGAGAACUAUUCAUGCACCGUAUAGUCAAGGAAGUGUUGAUAUCUUUGGUGAAAAUGCUGGUCGUCAAUGUGUACCAAUGAGUUUAUGUAGCCUGAUUUAUGUAUAUCGGAACAACUCAGUACUUCAAGCAAGUGACCUGGUUAACAUUAUGAAUCUUGGCAAUCAGUUAUAUUCUGCAUUAUCAAGAUUAUCAAAACAAAGAUAUUUACUAUACUUGAAGAAUUGCCCACAAUGGUUACAGUUGAGGAUAGUGAUUACUCACUUGAGUUCAGUCAAAGUUACACUGGGAACCUUCAUGUUUCUGUUGUGAAUGAUAAUAUACCAUUUGUCAUGCCUUUAGAUUCGGCUUUGGAACGACUACAGCAAGAAAUGUUUAGUUUAUUUCUUUUAACUGUUGAAUACAACACUGUAUCUAUCUUUACUGACUCUAAUGGUUUGUUGAAGGUAUUUGAUUCUCAUGCUAGAGACUCUUUUGGUAUGCCUCAUCCCCAUGGAACAUGUGUUUUGUUAGAAUUUGAUUCAAUAAGUGACUUGACUGGGUAUUUUAAACAGUUAUACAGGCCAGGUGCUAUAUUUGAAGUAAAAGGUGUUAAAGUAAUUAUGUAUGCAAUGAAAUCUUACAAAAUGUAGAUACAAACAAUGGUAUGCCUUAUAGUGGCAGUGAUAGUGACACAAAAAUAAACUGCUCAUCACCAAUAAUAGAAAAUGAAUCAAUGAAUGACAAUCUUAAUUAUAAAAUUGCUCAAAGGUAUUAUGUCUUUCUCUAUGCAAUUUGUUUCCCAACAAUAAAGGCUUGUAAUUAUUGGAAUGAUCAAAUGCAAAUUGCAAUUGCUGAGCAUGCUAUAGAAUUGUUUGAUAAAGUCAGCAACAUAAAUCCCUUGCUAUCAACUUAUUUGCCCAAAAGUACAGAAAUUUGUGGUAAAACAUUUGAUAUAGUUUAUACAUCCAGACAUGAAGGAACGCUGCAUUGCAUUUCUACAUCCAGUAAGGAUGCCUUGGCAGUAGUAAUCUCCUGUAACACUAUGAACAAUGCAGGAUUCUUAAUAUGCUUUGAAAAUAGUUCUUUAGCUUGUAUAAUCCAGAAUAGAAAGUGUGUUAAGACAAGUAAGAGAACAAAGUAUUUUUUACUAGCAGCUGAUGAAAGCUGUGAGGUUAAUCUAUUUAAGGAACUACCUGACUCCCGCUCUGUUAGACUGUGCGAAUAUCUUAAUUUGAACAAACCAGAUCUUGAAGAAACUGAGUAUAUGCUUCAAUUUUUGUCAAUUCCUUGCUCAGUAACAAGGUCAGAAAAGCAAAAAGUCUUACGAAACCAUAAGUCCAACGAGCAAAACGAAAAAAUACGGGAAACUAAGAAAAGGAAUUAUAAAAAGUUUAUGUAUCCCCUCAAAAAGAAAGUUAUCAAUGAAACUAAAGUAAUUAAAUACAAACAAAUGGAUCCUAUCAAAAAGAAAGUUCUUAAUCAAUCUAAAUUACUAAAAUUCAAACAAAUGGAUCCUAUGAAAAAAAAAAUUCUUAAUGAAUCUAAAGUGCGUAAAUACAAGGAAAUGGAUCCCUUUCAAAAAAAUGUUUUUGGUGAAAAGCGAGCAACGAGUUUUAAAGCAAUGUGUACAAGUGAAAAAGACACAUAUCGUAAGAGAAACAGAGAAAAUAUGAAACGUAAAUAUGAUGGGACAAAUUCACCACAAAACGUUAAAAAACAGCAUGAUCUGAAUUAUUACAUAUCAAAGUUUCACAGUAGAAUAAAAGAAGGACCUUAUUAUGUAUGUUCCGUUUGCAACCGUCUGUUGUAUAGAAAGUCAGUUAGAUUGGUAGAAAAAAUAUAUUACAGUUCUGUCCCAAAAUCUGUAUUCACCAACACAAGUUCAUUCGAUAAUAAAGAAUAUGUUUGUAUAACAUGUCUUUCAAAGGUUGUUAAAGGUAAAAUUCCCUGCCAAGCAGUUUACAACAAUAUGUCUGUUGAUGAAAUUCCACCAGAGCUUGCGCUUCUAGAAAAACUGGAACAAAUUCUGGUCGCACAAAGAAUUGUAUUUGAAAAGAUAAUUGUUAUGCCAAAAGGACAGCAGAAAAAAGUUUCAGGAGCAAUAUGUAAUGUACCAGUAAAUUGUGAUCAAACAUGCAAAAUUUUACCAAGACCACCGGCAAGGUCAGGUAUAAUAAUGUUGAAACUUAAACGCAAACUUGAAUUCAGAGGUCAUGUAUAUUUUCAAGCAGUCCGUCCUCAACUAGUUGAAAGUGCAUUGAAUUAGUUAAUACAAAAUAAUGCAUUGUAUAAUUAUGUAACUACUGACAUGAGUAAUAUCAGUGAGGAUCCUAAAACCUUACAGCAUGAUGCAUCAACAGAUACCGAUACAUCCUCUGAAAAAUUACCAACAAAUGAAGAUGACGCUUUGGAAGAAAAUGACGAUCCUUUAAAUACACAUCAACAAGUAACAAAUGAAACAUGUUUGCAGUCAGUGUUACCAGACUACCCUGUUACUUUACAACAAAGUGGUUCACUAGGUAACGAAAUAUAUGAUAUUGCUCCUGGUGAAAAUAGACAUCCUGCAUCCAUAAUGACUGACAAAAAAUGUGAACAACUUGCCUUCCCAGUAUUAUUUCCUGAAGGACGCUUUGGCUACACCGAGGAAAGAAAAAUUAAAUUAUCCCCUGUGAAAUACUUCAAUGCUCGUCUUCUACAUUACAGUGGGAGGUUUGCUUCGAAUUCAGAAUAUCUAUUUUUUGCACAAUUUUUACUUGAAGAGAAGAAAACUAGUUGCUGAUAGUAUUAACAUUGCUUUAAAAAAGGUCCAAGGCCAAUCCGUUACUGCAUCCCAGAUAAAGUCAGAUGUAAACAAACUUAAAGCUACGGUUUGUCAAGAUCAAGCAUACUUAUUUCUAAGGCAAAUUCCAGGUACGCCACCGUACUGGCAAAAAUUUAUGUAUGAAGUGAUUGCAAUGGUAAAACAACUUGGUAUUCCAACAUGGUUUAUGACGUUGUCAUGUGCUGACUUAAGGUGGCCCGAGUUUUUUCAAAUUGUAGCUAGAACACAGGGUAGAGACAUAACUGAAGAACAAGUUGAAGCUUUAUCUUAUGUUGAAAGGUGUCAAAUGCUAAAUGCUAAUCCUGUUGUAACGGCAAAGCAUUUUCAACACAGAGUGGAAACAUUUUUUAGUGAAGUCCUUCUCAGCAAAAGCAAUCCAAUUGGCAAAGUAAUAUAUUACGCUCUUCGCAUUGAAUUUCAAAUGAGGGGAUCUCCCCAGUUACAUGCAUUGAUAUGGACAGCUGAUUGUCCGAAACUAACUUGUGACACCAAGGAUGCUUACGUUGAGUUUAUUGAUGAGCACGUGCAAGCUAACCUCCCAAGUGAAAACCAUGAACCAGAAUUACACGAGUUAGUCAAGACAUAUCAAAGACAUAACCAUUCAAAAACCUGUAGGAAAUAUAAAAACAUACCAUGUCGGUUUAAUUUUGGACAGUUUUUUACCAAAAGAACUAUUAUAGCUGAACCUCUUGAUGAGAACAUGGAUGAAGAGAUUAAGAAAAAUGUGCUAAAUAGACAUAAAGAAAUCUUAUCUAAAGUUAAACAGAAAAUUGAUGAAGUAUUAAAUCCAUCAAAAGAAAACUAUGAUGGUACUGCUACUGAGAAACAUAUAUUUGAUUCUGUUGGUGUUACUGAAAAUGGCUAUUACUGGGCUCUCUCGAUUUCUUCAGAUUCUGAUUUUGAUUUGCAUCUUAAACAACCAGUGCACAGUUGUUUUAUUAACAAUUACUUUGUUGCUGGUAUUAAGGGAUUUGCAGCAAAUGUUGACUUACAACCUGUCUUUAAUCACUACAAAUGUAUAACAUAUGUAUGCUCCUACUUCACAAAAGAUGAAACUGAAUGUUCUCAGGCUAUAGCUAAUGCAGCAAAGGAAGCUAGAUCGUCUAACAUGAAUAUCAGAGAUGGAUUAAAAAAAAUUGGUGCGGCUUUUCUUUCUACAAGAGAAGUUAGCUCGCAAGAAUGUGUGUAUAGAUGUAUGCCUGAACUGUGGUUAAGAAAAAUAUUUCCUAAAACAGUCUUUGUAAGCACAGAUUUACCAGAGAAAAGAAUACGUGUAACCAAAACUCAAAAUGAACUUGAUGAACUUGAUGACGACAGCACCGAUAUAUAUAAAUCGAACAUAAUUGAACGUUAUAGUCUAAGACCAAGAGGAAUUCCUUGUGUUGAUAAAUUAUGUCUAGCAAAAUUUGCUGCAUACUAUUAUAAGGAUUACAGAACAGAUGAUGCAGACACAAAGGACUCUCAACCUGACGUUUUAAAUGAUGAACUGCUUGAGUCUCAUCAUUCCAUGGAACAUUCAGAAGAUCGUCUACCUGCUAAAAUUAAACUGCUGAACAAAAAUGAAUACAUGAAAUGUAGAAAGGUUCAGGCUGUUAUACGAUAUCACACACCAAGCAAAACAAAAGAACCAGAAUUAUAUUUCCAUCAUUUGCUCAUGUUGUAUUUACCAUGGAGAGAGGAAAGCGAGCUUUUAAGUUCAGAUCAAACGUAUACAUCGAAAUUUUACGAACCUGAAGUACAAGCUAUUGUUGAACAAAACAGAGCAAUGUUUGAACCUAAUGCUGAUGCUAUAACUGUAGCACUAGAAGCAAUGAGAAAUAAUCCAGUAAAAAAUGGUCAUUCGUUUGAUUGCAUGAAUGAUCAGGAAAAUUCAAAUGUACAAGACGAAUUACCAAAUGAUUCAGAUCCUAACGAGUCAUUUAAUGAACAACAACCUUCUGAUCUAGACCCUACACAAUCGAAGGAACCUUCUACAGGUACAAUUACGUACCACAACCAACCAUCUGAAAUUUCUGACGAUGAAUUGUGCAAGUCAGUAAGAUUGUUGAACCCAAAACAACGAUGUGCAUAUGACAUAGUUCUUUCUUGGUGCAGAAGAUUAAUAAAAAACAUGAAUAGCUUGAAACCUGUUGAAGUUGAACCAAUUUAUCUUUUCCUCACUGGAGGCGGUGGUGCAGGUAAAAGUCAUUUGAUUAAAACAAUAUACCAUACAGCAGUUAAAACGUUUAGACAUCCUCCUUUUAAUCCUGAAUUACCAAUAAAUAUUGAUGGAACUACAGUAAAUACCGCAGUUGCUAUUCCUAAAGAUACUGGAGAUUACCUUCCUGCAAUGUCUGAUCAGAGAAAAACACAGUACAGGCUUUCUCUGAAAGACCUAAAACUUGUAAUUGUAGACGAAAUUUCUAUGGUUGGGAACACAAGUCUGUUACACAUUCACCAACGACUUAAGGAAAUCUUUGGUUGCUCAUCAGCCAAGUUAUUUGCAGGCAUAAGUGUUAUAGCUGUUGGUGACCUAUACCAGCUUCCUCCAAUAAAAAAGAAAGCAGUUUUUGAUAAUUUUAAAAUUGAAGCGCACAACCUUUGUCAUCCAUGGAGUUUCUUCAAAAUUAUUGAACUGACGGAAAUCAUGAGGCAAAAAAAUGAUAAAGCAUUCACUGAAUUACUCAAUAGAAUAAGAACAGGCUCCCAUACAGAAGACGAUAUCAAACUAAUUCAGUCAAGAUGUAUUGCACCUUCCGAUCCUCACUAUCCAUCUGAUGCACUUCACAUUUGGGCAGAAAAUGCUCCGGUUAAUGAACACAACGAAGCAAAACUUGAAACAAUUCAAAAACAACUUUAUAUUCUUAAAGCAAAAGAUCUAUAUCCAAAAAAUGUCAAAAAGCAAGAUAUCGAUAAAGUUUUAGCAAGAGGGCGAUCUGAAACAUGUGGACUUGAUGGUGAAAUUCAUAUUAAAGAAGGUGCAAGAGUAAUGCUUACGAGGAAUAUCAAUUUACAAGAUCGACUUAUCAAUGGACAAAUGGGAACUGUGGUUAAAAUUGAUGUUAACAGUAAUAACGAACCAAAUGUUUUAUAUGUUAACUUUGAUGAUGAAAAAGCUGGAAAAACAACAAUCAAUACUAGUUCCAACUCGUUCGCUAAACAAAAUAAUCUAGUACCUAUUGAACCUGUUUUUGCAAAAAUCAAGGUUAGACCAGGUAAAGCUUCUUCACCUGAAAUCCAGAGGAUACAAUUUCCUAUUGCACUUUCGUGGGCAUGUACCGUUCACAAAGUUCAGGGGCUUACUCUUGAAAAAGUUGUGAUCAGCUUGAACUUAAAAAAACAAAGAUCUUUUAACUACGGACAGAUUUAUGUAGCAUUAAGCCGUGCAACCUCUUUACAAGGUUUAUACAUACUUGGAGAAAUGAAAAGUAAACAUAUCAAAGUAAAUCCCAAAGUGAAUGAAGAAUACGAGAGACUUCGAGAUUCCAGUUUGUACUUUAACACUCCAUCAAAAGAUGAGCACUCUGACGACACAGUUCUAACAAUAUCACUUUUAAAUAUUAGAUCUUUAAGAAAACAUAGUGAAGAUAUUAAGUUUCAUUCCCAGUUAUUCAGCUCGGAUGUACUGGCACUUACUGAAGCACAACUUUUACCUAACGACUUAGACAUGGAAAUUAAAAAGAAUUUAGAACCGUUUAGAACUUAUUGUCAAGAUCAUCCAACAGACAAAUACUCCAGCAUGGCAAUCUGUGUCAAUCCUAACUUAGAAGUGGAAAAUUAUGAAUACAUUCCUAUACUUAAUGUACUUAAGUUUGACCUUGUCGACACCAAUCUACAAGAAUCACGGUCUUUUCUUCUGUUGUAUAGAAAGAACAACUCCAUUGUCUCACAAUAUAUGGAAGCAUUGCAAUACAUCAUUAAUAGUUCCAGAAUUGACAUGAUCCUUGGUGAUUUCAAUAUUAACUACCUAAAUGAAAUUCAUUGUCAACCACUGUUGUUAAUAGAAUCCUUGAAUUACACUCAAAUUGUUACCGAGCCAACAUUUGUUUCUGCUGGUACUUUAUUAGAUCAUGUGUAUGUACGACCAACUUCUAUAAGAAUACUCAAUAACUCUGUGGUAAGCGUUUACUAUUCUGACCAUGAUGCUGUUGUCACCUCGCUACAAUAUUUGACGUAA